AUGCACCUCUCUGCACAUACCUGGAUGCGCCCCGAGCCGCUCGAAACAACUCUCCAACGCCUCAGCACUCUCGGCUACACAAGCAUCGAACUCGAAGGCGAACCAUCCCUUUACCCCAUUGAGCCCACCCGCCGUCUCCUCGCAAAAUACAACAUCAAAUGCUGGGGCACCGUCACCAUCAUGCAAGGCACUCGUGACCUGACCGCCGCCGAUCCGCAACAGCGCCGUGACACUAUCCGAUACAUCAAAGAUGUAAUCUCCUUUUCGUCAGCUCUAGGAGGCGAGAUUGUAACCAUCGUACCCGCCCUCGUCGGCAAAUUGGUUCCAACAGCCUCUCCGGAAGAGGAGUGGACAUGGGUCGUUGAAGCACUACGUGAAAUAGCUCUCUUCACGAGCACGAACCAUCCACGUAUCAAGCUUGGUAUCGAGCCCCUCAACCGCUUUGAGACGUACUUUUUGAACCGCACCGAUCAGGCUCUUGCACUCAUCGACCAAGUUGACAGUGACCGCUACGGAAUUGCAUUUGAUCCGUUCCAUCUCGCCCUCGAAGAGAAGGAUAUGCUAUCCGCAAUCCGGAAAUGCACAUCCCGAAUCACAGACUUUCAUGCCGCGGAUCACAAUAGACUGGCCGCUGGAGAUGGGAGAUUUGAUUGGAAUGAGAUUGUGCAGACCCUGAAACAUAGUGGGUAUGAUGGUGCUCUUGCGGUUGAGUGCAUGCCGCCCGUCGAUCGUUCCCCGGUUGGCAGAUAUGGUUUGGAACAAACGGAGAGCCUGAAAAUGAGUACUGAGGUGUCACCGGAACGAUUGCAGUUUAUCAUUGAUCAUGGAUCUGCGUUGCUUUCGGAUGAGUAUUAUACUUAUUUGAUGAGAAAGUCUGCAGAAACACUGAAGCCUUUUGUCUGA